AUUGUCAGUGUCACUUGUCAUUAACAUCGGCCUCUUUUUGUAUAAUUGUGAUAUAUCUUAGCGAUAUAAAUUACGGCUAUUUAGAAACAAAUACUUUCACUGUCGUUUGUGUCUGGGAUUUAAAGCUUAAAUUAAAUUUUUCAGUUCAAUUAACAUUAUAUUAAUUGUAUUUCAAUACAAAGUUUAAAGUGUAUUUACUGUUGAAUUAGAUAAUAGUACUUGAUAAGAGUUUAUCUUAUAAUAUGUAGGGCGAUGAAAUUGUAAAUAGAAUGUAUUGUGAAUCGUGAUAGAAAUUGGUGGCCACAGCUGAAGUCAUGAUGCAUAUGUGGAUGUGGUUUGGCUAUGACCUGGGCGACUUCCUGUUUUCUGGUCUGGUCGUCAACACGAGGUGGUCGUUCGCUCUCACCUGGAUAGUGCUGUUUUUCGUGGCUCUGCUCUUCGAGGGAUCGAAGGUCUCUUUGAUAUCCGUACAGGUAUAUCUCGCUCGUGUUCAGCGCGAGGCACUUCGGAAAUUGCGUCCUCACGGCUCUGACGAAAGACGGAACUUGUUAUGUGAGCGCGAUCGAGAGCAAGCGAAUGCCAUGGAAGCGACGACCAGUCGCAACACAAGCUCGGGGCAAGUCAGCAAGUGGGACACAUUUAAGAUAAGGACCCUGGUGAACGGUCAUCAGACCCUGGUGUUCGUCGUCCAUAACGUGGUGGGGUACCUGCUGAUGUUGGCCGUCAUGAUCUACAACGUUCACCUCAUGCUGGCCGUGGUCUUCGGCAUGAUGUUGGGUUACUUCCUGUUCGGGACCAAGUUAACUCGCCUCCAGAUGCAAUGCUUCAGCACCAAGCGCGUCGUCAUCUGUACGCCGGAAUGCGACGACACUGCUGAAAACUCAACGCCUCCGCUACUAAACACUUCCAUGGAUUCCCAGUCGUCUGACAUAUUUGUUUGUCAAACUCGUACCUGUAUACAGCCCUCUCACUACUUUCCCGCCAAUACCCAAGAUGGCGGCGAACACAGCAACGCCAGCUGUUACUAUGGCGCCAAACGAUGUCCGUCUAAGGUUGCCAAGUUUAAAAAGAUGCAGUCCGGUGUCCAUUGUCAUCACGACAGCGAAAAGGAAGACAGUCCUGGGGUCGAGGAUGCGCAACUUCUUCAUAGUGAGCGGCGCGGCUGUUGCAAGAAAUUGGAACCUCCUCCAGAAGAACAAUGCUGCAAAUCUAGUCAAAACACGACAGUCGUCAUCCACGAAGAGAGCCAUUCGGAGGACGCCGACACCCAAAGCAGAGAGAACAGUCCUCAGAUCUCGUGCUGUCACUCCAAGUCGACGCGGGACAGCCAAGAACAGAUAGUCACGUGAUGUUUACUAAACCGGUCACCGAGAGGCUUAUAGUUAUAUAAAAUUCGUUUGACGGAUUAUAGUUUUGUAUUUUUUUAAUAAGAAUAUUCAAAGUGUUCGUUACCGAAAAUUGAAUUUGACGUGAUCCAAGUACGGUAUUUAUAGAGUAGAGCAAUAAUUAGUGGCAUCCGUUGUAUGAAGCUCGUGGAUUUUAUUGGACUUGUUGGAAUGAGUCUGUUGCGGUGCGGAAAGCCGUUGUAGACGAGUGAGAGUGUUUGAAAUAAUUCAUAUGGAGCUUUAAUAAAUACGUAACAGAGUUC